AUGAAUGCCGCCAGAUAUGAAGGCCACAAUGACCGCCAUGAGCGGAUCGAAUUCUUAGGCAGCAAGGAGAAACCCCAAUCCAAGCGGAAGCUCGGCGCUGUGAUCGGCGUUCUAUUGGCAGUCGUCAUCCUUGCUGCUGUCGUCGCUUUCCUAAUUUGGCUAUUUGUCUUUAAAGAUGCCGGAGAAGCCUCCAUCAGUCAGCAGCGUAAACCUUCAGUUCUCGUCUUUAGCGGGCAUAUGGAGAUGCCCGAUCUCAAAUACCAAGAGAAGCUGGAGGACACCAGCAGCCCAGAAUUUCAAGAACUGGCAGAAAAACUGGAGUCAGUUCUAGAGGAAAAUUUGAAGAAGGAUCCAUUGCUUGCUACUUACUACACCAAGUCUGUGGUCACAGCCUUCAGUGAGGGUGUGAUAGGUUACUAUUGGUCUCGGUUUGAUGUCCCAGUGGCUGACCGGGAGGUUGUGCCUGAGCUCUCUGAAGAGCUAGUGUCCGAGACCUUGGAGAGUGGAAUAAUGGAGCAGCAAAGAACAAGGAGCGGAAGUAAAAUCAAGAUCAGUGAAAUCACGGCGACAUUUACUGACCCUCGCAUGGCCAGGGAACCCCGAGCCAAUGAAUGUUUCUUCCGUCUGGAGGCUGGGGAAAUGAUGUCCUCGUUUUCAUCUCCGGGAUACCCCAGCGGCUACCCGCCAAAGUCCCGCUGUCAGUGGCAAAUCAGAACCUCGGCCACAAAUGUCAUCUCUGUCACGUUCCCUUUCUUCCAUGUGGAGGAUGAUUGCUCCGAUGACUUUGUCUCCAUUUAUGAUUCUUUGAGUCCUGAUGAUUCCCAGGCAAUCACAGAAAAGUGCGGCCACAGGCCUCCCUCCAACCCUCUCGAGGUAGUGUCGUCUGGAAACAUCAUGCUAAUCAACCUCAUUACUGACACUAUGACCCAGCGACCAGGCUUUCUGGCAAAUUACAAAGCCCUCCGUAAAUCCGAAGUGAAGACCUGUGGCGGCGUCCUCUCCGAGAGCUCAGGAGUCUUCACCUCCCCGCUCUACCCUAGCUUCUAUCCUCCUGCUGUGGAUUGCAAGUGGACUAUUAAGGUCGAAGCUGGGAAAAAAGUGCGUGUGAAGUUCAACCUGUUCCGCAUGAAAGAGCCUGGGGUGGACAUCUUUGAGUGUCACAAAGAUUAUGUGCAGGUUAUGGGCAAAAAGUAUUGUGGCGAACUCUCUUCUUUGGCCUUGACCAGCAACACUAAUACCUUAGAAGUGACCUUCCACUCUGACGAGUCAUACACAGACAAAGGCUUCAGCGCCGAAUAUGUUGCCUAUGAUCCUGGAAACCCUUGCCCCAACAUGUUUGCCUGCGCAUCUGGCAUUUGUAUUGCCAGAGAGCUCAAGUGUGAUGGCUGGAACGACUGCGGUGAUAUGAGCGACGAAAUGAAGUGCAAGUGUGACAAGGAGCAGUUUAAUUGCGGCAACGGUUUGUGCAAACCGAAACUGUGGGUUUGUGAUCGCGUUAAUGACUGUGGGGACGGCAGCGACGAGGAAAGUUGCAGUUGUGAGGAGAAUGAAUGGCGCUGUGGGGAUGGCACGUGUAUGCCGCAGGAUGUUGUGUGCGAUACCAAGACUGACUGCGAGGAUGGCAGUGACGAGGCCUCAUGUAAAACCUCCCCGGGUAUCUGCUCGGACUUCAGCUUCAAGUGCAAGAGUGGCGACUGCGUCAACAAGGUCAACGCCGAAUGCGACCGCGUCAACGACUGUGCAGAUGACUCGGAUGAGGCCGGCUGUAAUUGUGGCACCCGGCCAUUUAAACUAAAUCGAAUUGUUGGAGGCCAAAAUGCUGAGCUGGGUGAAUGGCCAUGGCAGGUUAGCCUGCACUUCCUGACAUCCGGGCACGUUUGUGGGGCUUCCAUCAUCUCCGAAAAGUGGCUCCUUUCAGCUUCCCACUGCUUUGUUACCCAUGACGCAGCAAACCACGUUGCAUCCAACUGGCAAACGUACAGCGGCAUGCAGGACCAGUUUAAGCAUGAAGAUGUUCAGCGCCGCCCUGUGAAGAGGAUCAUCAGCCACCCGGAUUACAACCAAAUGACCUUUGACUACGACAUUGCCCUGCUGGAGCUCAGCGAGCCUCUGGAAUUCAGUAAUACCAUCCAACCCAUCUGCCUACCCGCUCCCUCCCACGUCUUCCCUGCAGGCAUGUCCUGCUGGGUCACGGGUUGGGGCGCGCUCCGUGAAGGAGGUCAAAAGGCACAGCUCCUACAAAAGGCGUCGGUAAAAAUCAUCAAUGACUCUGUGUGCAAUGUCGUCACGGAAGGCCAGGUCACCUCACGGAUGCUCUGCAGCGGAUUCUUAUCUGGAGGAGUUGAUGCAUGCCAGGGAGACUCUGGAGGCCCCCUAGUCUGUUUUGAAGAGAGCGGGAAGUGGUUCCAGUCCGGAAUUGUGAGCUGGGGUGAGGGCUGCGCUCGCCGCAACAAGCCCGGUGUCUACACUCGCGUCACCAAGCUGAGAGAAUGGAUCAAAAAGGAAACUGGUGUAUGA